AUGGAUCCGUACGGCCAGGAAUGGAUGAACGCUGAGCACUCGAUGGGUACUUCCAUCAUGGCUGUCGCAUUUGACGGCGGCGUGGUAAUGGGAGCAGAUUCGCGUACGACAACCGGAGCGUACAUCGCUAAUCGUGUCUCUGACAAAAUCACGCCAAUGACCGACAAGAUCUAUUGCUGCCGUUCUGGUUCUGCCGCCGACACGCAGAUCAUUUCUGAUUACGUUCGGUACUACCUUUCCAUGCAUGAUAUCGAACUAGGAGAGGAUCCAGACGUCGACACGGCGGCAAAGCUUUUCCGGGAAUUGUGCUACCACAACAAGGGACAGCUCAUGGCCGGGAUUAUUGUUGCUGGAUGGGAUAAACACAAGGGCGGCCAGGUUUUUACCAUCCCCCUGGGAGGAGCGCUUGUACAACAACCGUUUGCGAUCGGUGGAUCCGGUUCUUCCUACAUCUAUGGAUACUGCGACUCUAAUUUUAAGGAAGGAAUGACCAAAGAAGAGUGUAUGGAGUUUGUGAAGAACGCUUUGUCGCUGGCAAUGGCUCGUGACGGAAGUUCAGGUGGUGUCGUGCGGUUAGUAGUAAUCGACAAGGAUGGUUCAGAGAGGAAAUUCUUCCCGGGCAACAAGCUUCCUGAAUUUUGGAUGGGAUGA